CACGAGGCGUGCCGGAGCCUGCGGCUGCACGAACUCGGGACCUCCCGUCGUCGCUGCACCACACGCGAGGGGACGACAGCGGCCUGGAUGCCAACUCCUACUCAGCGGCGGCAGCCGCGGCAGGUCAUGCGCAGCUGGGCGGCCCCUCCGCGGCGCCGGUCAUGUCGGCCCGGCGGAUGAGCGCGACGCAGUGGGCUGUGGAUUCGCCCCCGGCACGCGCACCCAACAGGACGGCCGAUGAUGAGAAUGAAGCAAACGCAGAUUCAGGCCUGGCACGGUCUACGGUCCGAAGCCCAGCGCCGGUGGGUACCAGCCCAGGCACAUCAUCCACCUCCAGAUCCGUCAGCGGUGCCUCCUCACCUCCGCCGCAUGUCGACUCGCCCUUCACUUCGUCAGCACCCGCUGCGCGCGUCUCGGCCAGCAGCGACGCACCGCAAUGGGCUGCGGACAAGCCGAGUGGCUUCCAUGCUCGCUUGUCCAGCGAUGCGAACCCAUCCAGCACCUCGGCCGUAGCGGAGCGGCUCAUGGGCGCGGCUCAAGCUGCAGCGGCCGCGGCAGCAGCCGCAGCAGCGCACAGUGCGCAGGCGGCCGCCAGGGCGGCGGCGGCGAAGGCGGCCGCAGCGGCAGCGGGGCCGCCGACAGGAGGCCGCUGGGCAACCGCUGCAGCGGCACACGAGCCGCAGCAGCACAGGAGCAGCCAGGGAGGUGCAGAUGGCGGGAGCUUUAAUAUCGCAGGGGCUUCAGCGCCGCUCAAACAGCGAGGAGCCAGCCGACCGGAGGAGGUGCCGGUCGGCUCUACGGGCCCGGCAGCAGGGGAGAACCGUGUUGGAGGCAACCGUGGCAAGGAGGUGACGUCCAACGGUGGCGCCGACAGCCCAACCACUGUCCCGCAAGACGUGGACCGCCGACGCCGCACCGAGCGUCUGCGGCGUUCAUCUAGCAGUCCGCUAGAACACCACCACAGCCCGCUGCAAACAUCUAAUGCUACUUCUACUUCUACUGCCAUACCCGCAUUAGAUAUCGGGCAGCUGCAUGCCUCAGCAGUUGCUUCCGGAGCAGCCACAGCCCGCGGUAUGUUCUCAUCCCGCACUUCGGCCUCUGGCGCAGCGCCAAGCCGGCCCUUCCCCCCGGCGGACCCUCCCGCGAUGUUGUCCGCUCGGGGGGCCGGCCUGGGCACAGAGCACCAUAUGACUGUCGGUGGGAUUGGAGGAGGAGCGGGCGCGCGCGGUCGAAGCCUUCGUUACGUUCACUCGGUCCCGGAGACGGCCCUAGACGCAGACCUUCAAGUGUCCGCGGCGCAGCCUUCCGAUCCGGCUACCGACGUUGAUGCUGCGGGUGGCCAUGCUGUAUCCGCUGAGCCCUCUGGCAUGCAGCCGAUGCAGGGCAGGGCUCGCGAUGGGGCGCUAGGUGGCGGUACGACAACCGGGGCCGGUGAUAGUACGACAGCGGCAGGCGCCAGUAUGGCAGCAUCGGCGGCAGCAACCGCCAUGUCGUACACCUUUGGACAGCAUGCAAUCCCGUCCAUUGACGUCGACGCGUUGCUACGCGCUGCCAGGGCGCGGUUGAAUGUGCAGGAGGCGGCUGCGCAUGGCGCCAGUAGCCGCAGCGGAUUGGGUGAUGAUGACAGGAGUCCCCACUUCGGCAUCGCUCGUCGUGGCGUGAGUGGUAGCCAGAGUGGUGGCAGUGCCGGCUUGAGAGGCGUGGGAAGUGGUGCGGCUUAUGAUGACGGGUUUACGGUAGAUGCGGCCUCAGCAACCCCGGCGCGUUGCUUCACAGGCUCUCCGGCAUCAAAUGACGCCGCCGUGACGCCUGGAAGCCGUGUCUACACGCCAUUCGGCGAGGCAACAGCUGCUGCCACCACCACCCCUGGCGGAGGUGGUUACAGCAGCGAGCACUUGAGCACCAACUGCUCCUCUUCCUCCUCUCUAGAGGGUCUAGCCUCCCUGGUGCAUGGGCUGCGGCAGCGGCUUGCCGACAUGCAGCACAGCUUGCCGCUAGGUGACGAUGAAGUCGACGGCGAGGAGGAGGAGGAGCAGGAGGACGAUGACGAUGACGAUGAUGGCAGCGGCUGGCACACGGAUGACGGUGCGGCGGAUGAUGUACGCAGCGCGGAGAGAGGGCUGUCUGAAGAACUCGAGGGCGAGGAUGAGGAGGGCCGUGACGGGGGUGUGGAUGACGUCAUGCAGUUGCUGGACUCCCUGCUGGCUGGCAACAGGGCUAGGAGCGGUUGCAGCGCUGGGGCAGCGGAUGCGGGCGCUGCGGGCGGUCGAGGUGUGCCAGAUGCGGCUGAACGGCAGUACUGCAGCAUUGCUAAUGCUGGUGGUACUGGUACUGGGUCACGAGGAGCGCGCGCUGGGGGCGGUGACGGCGAGUUUCCCGGGUACAGCCAACACUGGUACGAGAACGCCAGUAGCAGCAGCGCCGCCGACAGUCCCGGACCGGAGAUUGCUGGUGGUGGCGGUGGAGUUGCAGGCGCUGCUUCUAGCAGUGACGCAGGCGUCGGUCAUAACAAUGGCUACCAAAGCAGGGCCUACCACAUGUACUACGGGGCUGCAGGGUCGGCGGGAGCUGCCGGCAGUGCAGGGCGCUUUGCGGAUGUGGGUGCGGCUCCUCAGCAGGGCGCCACCGGCCGACAUGGAGCGGCGCCGGCGUUCGCUGACACGUCAGCAACAACAACCGCAGCCACGCUUCUCCCCCCGCCGUACAACAGCAGGGUCAAGCAGGGCAGCGACCACCGCGCUCAGCCCAUUGGGGGCGCUACAGGCGCUUCCUCCGCCCCCUCAGGUGCCUCUGAAAAGCCCGCUGCAUUUACUCGAGCCGUGCCGUUCGCUCCCGCGGCGACGGCGGAGGAAUGGGGAUCAGGCGCAAGCGGCGGAUGGUCAGCUGGCAUGCAACAUGACCGAGCUGCGCCGCCCGACCAGACCAGCCCUCGUAGGGCAUCAUUCUUUGCGGCGGGGGGUGCCAACCUGCAGACCCAAAGCUCCAAGCCGCUACCAGACGGCUUCGCAUCCACCGCUAACGGCCCCGGCGGGGGGGCCCAUGCUGCAGAACCUGCUGGCACGCGGUGGCUGGGCGGUCGCAGUCACAGCAGUAGCAGCAGCGGCAAUGGAGGGAUUGGACCCACGGGUCUAGGCCGAACGGACUUUGCAGGCUCGGGCGCAGCGCAGCAGGGUGCUGCUGCAGCUGCUGCCGAGGUGGCUCCCUCAGGCUCCUCUAGCCUGCGCAGCCUGCGGAGUGAGGACAUGUUUGCUCGCAUCAAGCAGCAGCUUGACGACCUGCAAAACUCCUUUUCGCAGGGCCUAGGGCUCGGCGCUGCAAGCAGGGAUACGGGCGGUACCGGUGCGGGCGGAGGCGGAGGCGGCGGAGGCCAGUGGUGCAAUCUGGCUGGUGGUGGAAGUGCCGGUAGCGGGUCUGGCAGCGGAGGAGGCGGCCAAGGCUCGGAGCAGCAACAUCAGCAGCGAGGCUGCUUUAGGGAGGCAGCCGGGCCUAGUCGGAGUGCUAGUGGAGGUGGAGGGGCCGGUGCUGGGUCGGGUAGUGGCGGCGCUGCAGGGGCAGGGAAAGGCGGCGACAGCGAUGGGACAUGGGGAUGGUCGGAGUUCUCCUCGAGGGCUGGGUCGGAUUUGGGGACCGGCACGGGGCCUGCUUCAGGUAGCGUUGGUGCUGGCGGUGCGUCGGGUGGUGGGGAUGGGGGAAGCAGUGGUGUGGGUGUGGCGGACGGUGGGAUGGGGAGCGGUUACGAGGCUCCCGGGAGCGAGCGAUCGGGGUCGCGAUGGCCUGCUGCAAGUGCUGCGUUAAAAGGGAAAGCGGCAACAGGGCAAGGAAAUCGGAUGUCAGGGUUAGCCUCCCAAACAAAUGCAAAGCCACACGGCAUUGUGUUGCUGGGUGAGGGCGAGAUGUGAGAGGAUGGAACAGAUCGUGCCCGUACCCUUGCGCCGUACAAUUGUACAAUACAUGAGGACCUCUGCAGUGCAUAUUAAUGUAAAGCGUGUGCUUACGCUGGUAACGUUUUGUGCAAGGUGGUUUGCAUGGAACUAAACAAAAUGUGCAAACAAACUUCGUCAUCAUCGCUGCCUUGGCUGCCGGCCGCCGACCGGUGCAUGCCAAAUGUCUAUCAAAUAUGGGGCACAUGAUGAUGGAAAGCUGUAGAAAGCGCCUGCUGCUUCAUUCUACAUGGUGCUAACGUCGCUUUGGCGGCUGCCGCAUAGCUGUCGCGACCGCCAAGAAGGUCACCAUCCUCGGGAAAUAAUUUCCUGAGCAACCCGCGCCUUCCGCGCCUUCAAACUACGUUCAAAGGCGCCAACCACUUCCAUGCGUGCCAAACGCCCUUGGAGGCGCUCGUCGACCCCAAAGACAAGGGUUGCUGCGUCAACGGGGUGCUGACCUGUGGGCACUGUCGAGCAUCGGGUCACCCCGCCGCUCUUGCUGGUGUGGUGAUGCUCCUGCACGACACCGAUACUGCACGACACCGAUACUGCACGACACAGUACGAAAAUACGAGACACAUACUCCACUUUGGGUUUGGGUGUCGUACAGGUCCCGUUGGCUACCGGUGUACGUGUGCCCGGGCCCGCUGUCAGUGGGUAGGGAAACUGCCUCGCUCUCGGCGCCAGUGGUGCAAAUCAGGAGUCCUCGGGUCCGGGUUGGUCAGCCCAGCAUUUCGCACCAUGGCUCAUAGGGCUAUGCUGUUAAGGGGCUGACUGCCGUUGUCUGAUUCCGUACCCAAUGUUAUUCUUUGCGGACGGGAGAGCCCCGUGUCGUUCGGGUUGAUGUUGCUUUCGUGUAACGGUUUCGCAGAUUUCGCGGAUUUCCAAGCAGUUUGGUUACCAAGUCCUAUGGUGGCAUUGCGUAUCUAUUCUGGAAACGGAGAUUGCAACGUAUUGUGCGCUGACGUGUAAUGAUAUGUGCCGAAUCGGCGACAGACCCCAUGCACAAAUUUACACCGCAACCGCUGCUUAAAAGAAAUUU